AUGGCGGAGUUGGCAGAGAUGAGAGAGAAGGCAAACAGAGGAGCAGUAGAAGCUGCCAGGAGGGAAUAUGGACUAUUUGUGAAGCAGCUGGACCGUGGCCACCAGAGCAUGAGCAGCUGUCUGAGAGUGAAGCCCCUGGAGAUGAAGCGACACCAGGAGGGGAAACGCCAGGAGCUGCUGGAGCGCUGCUGGGGGGAGCUGCGGGGCGAGGAUCCCCAGAAACAGGCGGCCCUGGAGGAGCUGAAGCAGGAGCUGGACAAGCAGAUGGACGAGUUCCUGUCGGCCUACGGGCAGCGCUUUAAAGUGAAGAAGGCCAAGUGGUUGGGCCUGUGCAUUGGGCCAUCGCCAGCUGCCACCUCGCGCCGGGCACGGGCUCACCCCCACUGGCCCGCGCACCUGCCAAUCAGCAAACGGCUCCGGCCCAUUGGCUGCCGCUUCAGGAGCAGCAGCGCCUGCGACUCAGACAGCAGCCUGGCCGACGGACGCGUCUGCUUUGUUCCAGCGUCUGCCAGGGACUCCGAGAAUGACGAGGAGAAAGAAGACCGGGUAGACUUGGAGCUCAUUGAGGAGAUUCCUCCUAACUCUCCACCCGACGCGGUCCUGGCCAACUCCCUCAUUGCUGUGGCCAACCUCAGCACCAUAACACCUGCCCUGGAGCCGGAGCUGGAGACCCACCUCCUCCGAUCCACCCUCCACGCUGUCUUCACCCUGGGCACGCAGAUGGACACCAACCAAGUCCAGGAUCUGCAUAGGGUCAUACCAGACCUCCUGGACGCCAUGCUGGAGAACCUGCUGGCAAAGACGCCAGACACGGACAAGCUCCACUACAUCUUGCAGCACAUUAACUACUGGACCGUGUCCAGGGUGCCACGAGAGAGAGCCAGGGCCAUCAGGAGCAGCGCGGCCCUGCUCACGUCCGUCAUCACCCUCCCUGACUUUGACAACUCAGCCGAAUUCCCCAGGAUGGGCCACCACGUGGCACAGCUGGCUCUGUUCGUCGGUGACCCAGACGAGGACAUCAGCCGGGAGGCCAGGGAGGGGGUUUACCGGCUCUACCAGCUUCUGCUGCGCCAGAGGGACCUGAACGUCCAUGAGGUCGAAGACCUUUGGUGCUGGGACUGGCACCAGGACAGCAGGCUCCUCGGCUAUAAGAACACCGCCAGGGUGGGGGAGGUUUUUGCCAAAUUUUUCUCAGAGGGGCAGAGAAGCUUCUUCCUGCAGACAGCAGUGCUGGCCAUGCACGACCCCCUGCUGCGUGUCAGCCAGGCUGGGCUGCUCCUCACUUACUCCCUCCUGGGGCAACUGGCCACCGGGGCCUCUGGUAGACGCUGCUGCAACUGA